AUGAAGACUCGAGCAACAAAGACGUCAGCUAAGGCCGCCGAACCUACUGAGGAGAGCCAGCCCGAAAGCGCCGGCCUUGAGCCCAGUAGCAACAACCCUCCGCUCACCUUCGUCUUGCCGGAAGGAGCCUCGCCAGAUGCUCGCGUUGUCACUCUACCAAAUCCAGCAUCCGACAUCCCUAGUCGAUACCUAUUUUGCCCUGAGAGAGGGAUUCACGAAUUCACANAAAUUGCUGCUCCANAAAAGACUCCUCGAAGUCUGUUGAUCGCUCCUGACCAGUCGACCACCGAAGCUUCAAAGACCCCAUCAAUCGUCUCCACAGGCUACACUGUAGAGAAUGCUGAUCUCUACAUCGCCACCCCAAUCGAUCCUCUCUUCAUCCUCCUUCCUGCUUUGGUGCCUGCCGCCGACUCGCACGAGCAACUCUUUCUAACAAUCGAUGACCACCUCGACAAGCUAGCUGAAAAGGCCAAGCACCUCACACACCUACUUCGUUCAACCAAGAUACAACAGUCUUUCGAGAAGAGAGCGGAUGCUGUCUGCGACAAUGUCGACCUUGGCCACGAAAAGAUGUUCCGCUUGUCCAACGAGAAGCUCCUAGCUGAGCUUAUUACCAAAGCCCAACGUGUCCUCGCCAAUGGUCUUCCCACAUCUAUCGAAGCUCACUUCGUCCAAGAAGCUCUUCGUAUACCCAUGAUGGCUGUGCAACGGUCAGAAUCACAAGACGAGCCAGCUCCUACCACAGACGCAGACUCGUCGACUCCCUCGACUGCUACAGAACAAUCCCAGCCUUCUCAAUCGUCUGCUGUCACCCAGGCUACUUCUCUGACUCCAGCUUCCGAGUCUACCCCUGAGAACGUGACCACCCUUCUCCGUCUUCGUACUGCGCUGAAUAUGAUUCUCUCCAACUACAUCCCCUCAGCCCUCCAUGCACCACUAAACACGCUCCUCGAAUCCUCUGCAUCGACUGUAGACUUUGCUCCUCUCGAUGCUCACCUCGAACAUAUCGCUGACGCCAAGCGCCGAGCACAAGCGCUUCGCUCCCUCUCAGACAACAUCUCUCGCAAACGCAGUACAAUGAACGACGAAGAGGCUGAAGAAAGGGAAGCCACCAAGAGAAGAAAAAAGGAAGAAGAAGAGGCCAAGAAGAAAAAUAUGAGCAGAGGUGUGAAACAACUUGGAAAGGUCAAUACCACGGGUAUGAUGAAACUGAGCUCAUUCUUCACGAAGGCGCCGGCGAAGAAAUAG